GCCAGGCGUAACGUUUAUGACACGGCAGAGACUGGUGUACGUGCUUGUGUGAGUGUGUGUGUGCGCGUGUUUGUGCGAAGAGCAAGCAAGAGGCAAUAACCUCCAUCCGUUACCGGGUAAUCAACACGACUUCUGGGUCCAGCGAACACACUCUAGGAUUGGUGUAUAUCAUCCGUGUAGCAAGCCCUACGGAGAUUGAGUCGCUCCUCAAUUGGUGAAAAUAAUGAAGCUAUACUUCCUGAUAGUGUUCCUCCUGGAGAGUGGUGAAAAAAUACUAGCCUCAAAUGAGAGAUCUUACAAGAUUUGCAUGCUUCUUCCCUUCGCUUCCAAGAGUCAUAAAAACUUUAUGAUGACAUUCGGCGAGGCUCUGGGUGACCGUGGACACAAGAUAGUUAUAUUCAGCCAACAUCCGGCUACAUCCAGACACCCUAACGUCACGGAGAUACAGCAUGAAAUACCUUAUCUAAGAGGAACAUUUGCAACCCUGCAUGAAAGUAUGAAAGAUAACAUCGGCGGCUUAUCAUUGUUUCAAACUGUACUACCAUCUAUGGCCCAAAAGUUGUACAGGUCACCAUCUGCGAGGAAACUGUAUGAAAAAAGGAAAGGAUUUGACCUCAUGGUGGUGGACCACAUGUUCAAUGAGAUCGUGUAUCCGUUCCUACACGAGAUCUCCUUCAUCACUGUCGCCGUUCCCGGGAUGGAUCCCCGACAGAGUGCAGUUUUGGGAAACGUACCUAAUCCUUCAUAUGCCUCUAAUCUUCUAAGCACUUACCGCUUACCAAUGACUAUGUGGCAGCGGAUCAUGAACACCUUUAUGCACAUCUGGGUACCUUUCUUUUGGAGGAAGUGGGCUGUUGUGCCGCGAAUACAGGAGGAGAUCUCAGCGCAGUUCCCUGACCUGCCGCCGCUGCUGGACAUUGAGAGGAACCAAAGUCUGACACUGAUGAACACUCACUUCAGUAUUACCACGCCGGUGCCACUCCUGCCUUCACAGAUUGAGGUUGGGGCCAUGCAUUGCCGCCCUGCCAAGCAGCUGCCGUAUGACCUCGAAUCGUGGCUUACAGGAGCGGGAUCUGCGGGUGCCAUUUACUUCAGUCUAGGUUCAUCCGUCAACAGUGAAACCAUGCUACCUGAGUACCGCGAAGCCUUCCUGCAGGCUUUCCGCAGACUGCCGCAGCGGGUUGUAUGGAAGUACGAGGGAAAGCUAGAUGAUGUGUCUGGUAACGUCAGGAUCAGCAGCUGGCUGCCACAACAGGACAUCCUCGCUCACCACAACGUGAAGGUGUUCAUUUCCCACGGCGGCCUCCUCAGCCUUCAGGAGUCCAUCUUUCAUGAAAAGCCCCUCCUCGUCCUGCCUGUCUUCGGUGAUCAGCCCAAGAACGGCAUGCUCGUGGAAAACUUGAAUAUUGGCCGUAUGUUGGUAUGGGAGGAACUUACUACCGACAACAUCGUCGACGCUCUCACAGAUAUCAUAAACAACACAAAGUACAAACAGCAAGUGGUGAGGAUUUCUGCUUCCUUAAGGGAUCAACCAAUGACGCCACAGGAGCGUGCAGUGUUCUGGACUGAGUACGUGAUCCGCCACCAAGGGGCGCUCCAGCUAAGGUGCCCCGCCGCCCAGCUAUCCUGGGUGGAGUUCCUGAUGCUGGACGUGGUGGGUCUCCUGCUGCUGACCCUGCUGGUGCUGCUGCUUCUCAUCCGACGACUCCAGAGAGCAAUUUCUACUGUCGUUUUUAGUAGCAGCGCCAAAAAGAAAAAAGAUUAAAGUUUCGGGAAAGUCGGACUUUACUGUACAUUGUUUAAGAGAAAUAAUGAUGACUGCAGAAGACGUUGUGUGUGUGUGUGUGUGUGUGUGUGUGUGUGUGUGUGUGUGUGUGUGUGUGUGUGUGUGUGUGUGUGUGUGUGUGUAAGAAACUAUAUGUUUACUCGCCAGUAUUUUAUAUAUACAUAGUUGUCCGAUGUAACAAUGAACCACAAUUAGACAGAAUAGAUAAUGCAAUGUUAACUUCAAUUUUUUUCUCUCUAUUAUCAUUUUUCUUGUUUUCGUCUACGUAUUUCGUUAUUCUUCUUUUCUUGCUCUAUCUUCAUGUAAUAUAGGUUUACCGCAUACAUUUAUCAUACUUUA